UCUCUCGUCUGUCCUGUGAGGAUGAAGAUGUAGUUUCAGUGUUUAAUGCUUAUCCCCUCACUGUGUGUGUUCUUGUCUCUCGCCUGUCCUGUGAGGAUGAAGAUGUAGUUUCAGUGUUUAAUGCUCAUCCCCUCAGUGUGUGUCUGUAUGUUCUUGUCUCUUGACAGGUCUGUGAGGAUGAGAAGGUCUCCACAGUCUGGAGUCUGGUCUCUGACAGGCUCAACAUACCUGUCAAUCAACAGGGACUCCUCUACAAAGGCAAGGCGCUGGCAGGUGCAGCACGGGCUGACAGAUGAGGUUCAGCAGCUGGAAGGCACCAUGACUGCUCUGAAGCAGAAACGUGCCCAAUCACAGGACGUCCUGCAUGCUCUGUCCCAGCAGCUGACUCGUAUCGAGGAGGACAUCGCCUGCAAGACCAGCUCCCUGUCCCUGGAGAGACGCAGCCUGGACACACGGAGCAAACUGAUCGUCCCACCAGAGAAACACGUCCCUGAAACUGACACCUUCAACCGCACCCUGAGCCCUGUCAAGAGCCGCCAGCUGGAGCUCGCUUGACAGCUCCGCCUCCCCAUGAAAUAAAGAAAGAGAUCAAUAAAUAUUUGUUCUGUAAAAUCA